GCUCUAAAUGAUCUUUGGUGGAUAUGUGAUGAUUGUUGAAAGCAAUGCUGGGCAGAAGAACAAAGUUAUCCUGGUUUUAAGGAACAGAAGCUAUAUGCUGUGCUAAAGAUGCCUACAAAAGGUGUUUGGCUUCAGUUCGCUGGGUAUGAGUGCUCUCUUCAUGUCAAGUACUGCUUCCAGGGAUUACAAGUCAUGUGACAUUCACACUGUGGAUUCUACUCAGGUUUUGCUUUUGUAUCCACAGCCAUAUGUUAAAUGGUGCUAAUAACUAAGAAUGGUGUUGCAGGAGGUCUUCUUCUGGUAAUCGAUCACCACAAUGGCACCAGUGACAACCAAGCAGGAGAAGAGUCCACUGUACAAAGCUCCACUUUUGCUGAGCCUGCCGGAGACUCUUAUUAUGGAGAUGAUGAAGAGCACCAUCAUUAUAAUGAUGAUGAUGACGACGAUGAUGUCUACCAAGAAUUUGAGGAGUUGGACUUUUCAGCACUACCAGAUACCAAGAGCAUUGCAUCCGGCGACUCCUUUUACCCACCUGAUGAUUCGCUUCACUAUGAAGCUCCGAGCCCAGAGGCAGUCACCUUCUUCAAGGCCUGCUGCACUAACAAUGCCAUCAUUGUCAAAAUCAUGAUAAGACAAGGUGUGAGAGAGGAAGAGGUGCGAGAGGUCGACAAAAAUAACAGAACAGGUCUGAUAGUGGCAUGUUACCAGGGCUAUGUGGAUGUGGUCGUUGCUCUUUCUCAAUGUCCGUAUGUGGACGUGAAUUGGCAAGAUAAUGAGGGAAACACAGCUCUCAUGACCGCUGCACAAGCAGGACACAGUAUGAUUACCUACUACCUGCUGAACUAUUUUCCUGGUCUGGACCUUGAGCGCAGAAACUGUCAUGGCUUCACUGCGAUGAUGAAAGCAGCCAUGCAGGGUAGAGCUGAAUGCGUACGAGCCCUUAUGAUGACAGGAGGAGAUGUUGAAGCAAGGGACUUUGGGCGCAAGUUAACCCCACGGGAAUGGGCCAUUUUCACAGGCCGCUACCAGACAGUCAUGCUGAUCUCACGACUGAUGGAACAGCCAUGUGCCGAACAGUUUUGUGACUCUUACCGAAUGGAGUGGCCCAUGCUGAGUGAGCUAGUGGCCCAAUCGAAGGAGCCCAAGUCCUGCUGGAGGAAGUUCUCGCAGCAUAUCUGCACCCUGUUUACCAUCAGCAUGAAGGUGAACCCCGUAGACGAUGGCGUUCUGCACUACAUGGUACGGAUGACCACGGCAUUGGCCAGCCCAUUCAUAGCCACCGCCUGCCGCACCGUGUGCCCGGGCAGCCCUCCGUGCGUGGGUAAAUUUCGCCCCGCCGUGCAGGAUAUCUUCCGUAAACAGCGUCUGGCUGAGCUGAAGAACCUGGGACCCGAACGUCUCAACAACUACAAGCGUCUCUUCCAGAACUCCAGAGUGCUGCUGGUCCCCAAGAAGCAGGAGCGUCGAGCCAGCCUGCAGCACCAGUUGCUGCAAAACGUCGCCAGCGUGGCCCUAAGGAGGAGCAGCUUGCUGCCCCUUCAUAUGAUGCGAAGGAGCAGCGUGCGCCCCGGUAUGGUGGUGCCUAAAGUCAUGCUGUGCAAAGCUCCUCCUCUCUCAUUCAUCCCCGAGAGGCAGGGGAAAGCUACGAAAGACUCAAAACAUCUACAGAUCCCUAAAUGGAAGUACAAGGCAGUUAAGGAAGAGAAAAAGCAAACCGAACAGAUGGACAAGUUGAGAUUGCCUGUUUUGAAGAAAAAGUGACCUGGCUUUGAAUCAGACUGAUCUCACAGAAAGUCGUGUUAUAGUCAAAACAUUUAAUUAAUUUAUUUGUGUCCAUGGCACGAAAUUCAGCUUUUUUUCGUGCCUUGAACACGAAUGUCUUUUUCGUUUCACUUGCACAAAUGUCUAUAUUUUUCGUGUUUUUGUGACUCCAACACGAUUUUCCGUGAGAUCAUGUUGCUUUGAAUGCUUUAGGGGCCGUUUACGUUUCUAGCUAGAGGAGAUACAACUACGGUCAAAUCUUGAGAU